CCCCGCCAGCAUGAUAAUGCGCAAGCUGGAGGCUUGUCUUGUUCACAGUCUUCCGGGAGUAUAUAACCAAGUCAACAAUGACAGCAAAGCACCAUAUCAAUACUUCUACUUAACCCCUUCGCAUUCAUGUCAUCCACACUGGCCCUCAUUACCUCCUGGCUAACUCGCGAAGGGCCCCGAGUGCUGCUAGUUCUCUAUCUCGCGUACAUUGCCCAUGGGCUCUAUCAAUUCAGCAAACGAUUUCGUACUCCCAUCCGACAUCUGCAGGGCCCGCCACGUCACUCGUUCCUCUGGGGCAAUAUUGCCCUGUACAUCAAGGAUGACAAGAUCGGAGAGAAAUGGAGCCAGACAUAUGGACCGACAUUCGUCAUCCCUGCGGUGUUUGGUUUUUGUCCGGUCUACUUUCUGUGACCGAAUAGCUGAGAAGUAUUCCAGAAUUUACGACUCACUACGAUCGACCCACGCGCAGUUGCGCACAUCCUCUCGCGCACAGAGAUCUACCCCAAGCCCGAGCAUCUCCGUGCGAUGCUCGGUGCCUCCAUUGGUGAAGGGCUCCUAAUUGCCGAGGGGGAGACGCACAAGCGGCAGAGGAGGAUCAUGAACCCGAGCUUUUCCCCUGGUCAGAUACGGGAAGUCACCCCGGUCUUCUUUGAUGUUGCUAUUCAACUGAGGGAGGUGCUGAAUGGGAUGCUAUCCAAGGCACCAGGAGAGGAGCUUGAAGUAGACGUAUUCAGUUGGAUUGGAAGAGCGACGCUGGAUAUUAUCGGUCAAGCAGGUUUUGGAUACCAUUUCUCUGCUCUUUAUGAUGAGAAGAACGAGCUCUUCCGUGCGUUUAAUGAUAUGUUCUAGUCGAUGGGAGAGAGUCGGAUCUUUGCCAUGCUGAGAAGCCGGUCCAGGCUGAUGCGAUUGAUUCCCAUUAAAGCCGACCGCAAAAUGCGUGCUUCCCAAGCUACGACUCGCCGGAUCGGAAUGCAGCUCGUACGGGAAAAGAAAGCCGCGGUCAUGCAGGAGAUGGAGCGCAAGGGUGACGUCGAGAAGAGCAAGAUCGUCGGUCGGGACCUGCUUAGUACACUGAUUCGUGCGAACAUGGCUGCAGACCUGGCCCCCGCGCACAGGAUGAGGGAUGAGGAAGUCCUUGCGCAGAUCUCGACAUUUAUCAUUGCUGGCCACGAGACCACCGCUUCCGGAGUCACUUGGGCACUGUACUCGCUCGCCCAGAACCCCGAAAUACAAGAGAAACUGCGUGCUGAGCUCUCGCAGGUCUCCGAGGAAGCACCAUCGAUGGACGAGGUGAACGCGCUACCGUAUCUGGACAUGGUCGUCAAAGAGUCCCUGCGCUUCCACAGCCCGGUGCAUGGGACGAUGCGUGUCGCCGCCACAGACGACGAGAUCCCGCUUGCUCAGCCAGUAAUAGACGAGUACGGCAAGUCGCACGACACGAUCAAGGUCCAGGCUGGGGACUAUAUCGGCGUCGAUGUCAUCCUGAUGAACAAGAGCAAGGCGCUCUGGGGCGAGGACGCGGACAAGUUCCGCCCCGAGAGGUGGGAGGAAGACCUGAAUGGCGCUAAUGACAUCCCUGGUGUUUACUCGCAUCUCAUGAGCUUCAUCGGCGGGCCGAGAGCGUGUAUCGGAUACCGAUUCUCGAUCAUCGAGGCCAAGGCUCUCCUGUUCGUGCUUCUCCGGUCGUUCGAGUUCGCACCAGUGCCAGGUCAAGAAAUCGGUAUAAAGAACGUGAUUGUCGCACGUCCGUUUGUCAAGGGUCAAGAGAAGUCGCUAGCUUUGCCCAUGAUCAUCAAGAAGGUCACUAGGUCUUGAACAUGGUGUUUCCGUGGUUGAUCUUCUGGUGGAUGGAUUUCCAGAUAGGUGGUGACAUAAUUGUAUUAUACGCGGGAUUAUCGCUG